UUAAUCUUUUAAUGUAUUAAAUAUUGUGUAAACUUUUUUUAAACAAUACGGUUUUAUUAUUGUUAAAUAAUUAAUAACAACACCGAUAAAAAAAAAAACCCCCAAAACAGUUCAACUCAACUCCGCAUGCUAACGUUACUGAUCGAGUAGAGACCACUAGCAGAGUUGGAUAUUUGUUCAAAUGUUUAGCUAAUAAAAGUAUUCCGGAGUCAUUGUGAACACUUUACGCAUUGAACACAUCCUGUCUGAAGAUAUUCCUUUCAUGAUGCUGUCACUUAAAGAUAAAGACCGUGCGGUCAUCAGGAAGCUGUUGGCCGCUGGCUGCUGCGGAAGAUGCGUCCUCCGAUUCUGUUGUGUGGGAAAGUAUUCUUCAUAUCAGCAGUCCUGUGAGGACAUAGAGAAAGAGCUUUUAGCGUUCCUCGGUACGGACGAUGCCGAGCAAUCCCAUGAUGCCUCAGGAGAGACAGAGACGGGCGACCCUCCGUGUAAGAAAAUGAAGCUGGAGUCACCUGGAGAGAACGCGAGCGCGGGCGGUGCCCCGGAGCCGAAGGUGCAGUCAGGGGUGUGUGUGGCGUGUGUCGGGGUGCUGCAGCACUUCUGCGAUCAGAGUUACGCCAAACAGGUGUCGGACGUUGUGAGAAAAGGCGAGUACCGGUUCGACAGUCUGAUGUUUGCCGUCUCUCUUCCUGCUCAGCUGUCGGUCAGAGAGCAUUCCCUCUGGCUGCACAUCAAGAAGGAAGUCAGGGAGAAGAGCAUGUGUCUGGAUAAGGAGGACGUGGUUCAGGUGAAGGACGCCUUUAAAUGGGCCGUACAGGGACUGGUGGGCAAAGAGCUGGGAGCAUCGGUACUCGCUAACAGUGCAUUCGAGGUCAGCGUGGGUUUCGCGCAUCCAGAAACGGACGGAGAUUGCCACUUCCUGGCUACAGAGUGUCCGGAUUGCUUCAAGCCGACGAAGAACAAAGCCUCUGUGUUCACCAGGAUGGCGGUGGUGAAGGCGCUGGAGAAGAUCUCGGAUACCAAGUUCCUCAGACAUUACCCGUGUCCACCUGUCUCACCCUCCAGCAAGUGCACUCCACUAGACACCACAUGUCUGCAUGCACCUGUCUUUAUAGCAGGGCGGUAUAAUAAGUUCUCACGGGAGCUUCCUCAGACCCCCUGGGUGAUCGACGGAGAGAGACGCAUGGAAGGAUCGGUGGAGGAGUUGAUCGCCAAUCCUCUGCUGACUGCCUUCAAAGCGGACGGUUUUAACUUCUGCUCAUCCGGGAGAGAAGACGUGGACGUACGGACUUUAGGAAACGGACGUCCGUUUGCCAUCGAGCUUCUGAAUCCACACAGAGCGAAGUUCAACAGAUCCGAAAUGAGACAGCUUCAGGAGACGAUCAACACGUCCUCCGACAAAAUCCGAGUCCGAGACCUGCAGAUCGUGACCAGAGAAGCUACAAGUCGCAUGAAAGAAGGAGAAGAGGAAAAGACCAAGUCCUACAGCGCCCUCAUCUGGACCCAAAAGCCUAUAACGCCUGCCGAUCUGGACUGUUUUGCGAAGAUAAAGGAGCUGAAGAUCGAUCAGAAGACCCCACUCCGAGUCCUCCAUCGCAGGCCGCUUGCAGUCAGACAGAGACACAUCCACUCCAUGAGCGCAAGCUACCUGGAUACACACCACUUCACACUGCAGCUGCGCACCCAGGCCGGGACCUACAUUAAAGAGUUCGUGCACGGAGACUUCGGCCGGACGAAGCCCAACCUCGGCGCCCUCAUGGAGACGGAGGUGGACAUUCUGGAGCUGGACGUGGAGUCCGUGGAUGUAGACUGGCCUCCUGCUGUACCCGAGUGAGCAACGGAAACCCAUCCUGAGGAAAUCUUUGGGGAAUUCCCAUCUCCAUACCGGCGUCCACACACCAUAUUUCCAUUUAUUGUAGCUCACUGAUGAUGAUGAUGAUGUCAACUCGUGCUAACGUUAAUAGUUGUAGUAAAUCUGCCAUACCGUGGAUACGGUGUGGAUUUAAUCUUAAAACUGUAUAAAAUCAGGCCGAAAACUAUUCACGCUGACCGGAGCAGGUCUGCUUUUGGACCGGGGUGAUCGGGACGAUCAUUUCAGCCGUAUGUUCUCUGAAAGCGAAGAGAGGAAAGUAUGAUGGUUGUAUCUUUCUUUCUGCUUCUGAAUUCUAAACAAGACCCUCGUUAUCACCA